UGUUUGGGUCCUUUCUAUAUUUAUCACAAACUCGUUUGCUUUGCUUGACUGAAAAACAUUGCCAAUGGCCGCCUUAAAUCGACGCUGCUGAAACAUUAAACAAGAAAAUUACUAAAUGAUUUAUCAUCCAGUGACAGCAAGGGUCCCUUCUGGUCAUGGAUGUGUGUGAUAUCAGAGGGGCAAUGUUGGAUGUGAUCACGGAGGAGGUUCUGAGUGGAGACGAGGAUCACGAGGGGGACACCAAAAAUGGUCUGUCUACUGAGCCCUUCGUGGUGGUGUCUCAGAAACAGAGGACAGUGGCCUCCACCUUCCAGCGCUUCUCUGUGGACACUAACGAGUCUCUGACCUUUGAGGCGUGUGUAACGUCAGACGAGGAAGAGCCAGUUUCCCCCACCUCAGACGAACAUGACAAUGUUUUUGAUGAGCAAGGGGACGAGAAUGUCAUGAAUGAGACCAGAAGCAAACUACAGGAGAAGGUUACUGAGAUGGAAAACUUUGCAGGUCACCUGGAGGAGAUAUUCCUCACCGUAGAGGAGAAUUUCGGUCGUCAGGAGCAACACCUGGAGCAACAUUACAACGACGUCCUGCAGACGUUGUCUCAUCGCUAUGACGACAGGGCCGCGGGGCUGGAGGAGGAGAAGAAGAACAAGCUGGAGGCUCUGUACACACAGCUGCUGGGGUGCGGACGCAUACUGGAGUCCUCCAAGGAGCUCAUCGAGGCAGCUCAGGCUCUGUACCGUAUCCAGGACCAACGCCUCCUCCUACAGGGAGUAACGCCCAUCCUUAAGAGAAUGGAGGAGUUUGCCAAAGAGAAGGUCGACCUCACUAUAGCCACUUCUUUAUCCUUCGACACGCCCCUGGCUGACAUGUCAGACGUGAAAACCAUGAUGGACUCCAUCAACAUCGUACCAGCUCCGUCUGCCCCAGUCAUCAACCCCCAGUCACCCAACUCUGCCACCCAGACCUCCCUGCGUGUGUGUUGGAGCCUGUUCUCUGAUGACACGGUGGAGUACUAUGAGCUGUACUACAGAACAGUGCUGGAGGACACACCAUCAGAGAGAACCUUGGAACCACAGGUGUCCAUGGUUAAGGUGAAGGAGACCCACUGCACCGUGGAAGACUUGCAGCCCAACGCUCAGUAUGAGUUCUGGGUGACAGCUACUAACACUACAGGCAUCAGCCCCACCAGCGAAAAGGCCCUGUACAUGACAGUCCCUUCCCCUCCCCUGAUCAGACAGAGGGCGUGUACCAGCUGCCCCGAGGCUGCUCUGAUUCGCUGGGAGUCAGGAAAUACAAACCCAGUUGACUCAUACACUGUGGAGCUCAGCGAAAUGGGCUCAGAUGGAGAACAGAGUGGGGUUACUGAGUCCAUCGUGGCUAUCCCCUCCUGUGAGAGUGUGAUCUUGCUGCAGGCAGGUAGGACCUUCCUGCUGUCUGUCAGGGCAGUCAAUAUUGGGGGUCCCAGUGAGAGAAGUGAAGGCUUUACCGUCUCCACCACAGGCACAUUCUUCCACCUGCUGGAGGACACCGCCCAUCCCUGUCUGUCGAUCUCUAAGGAUGGCUUCACCAUGUUCUAUGGGGACGAGGAACUGCCCCUGAGUGCCAUGACCUUUGAUGACAACACCUUUGCAGGCUGCGUAGCAGUCCUGGGGGACCUGAUUCCUGUGCGAGGCAGACACUACUGGGAGGUGGAGGUGGGGGAGGACACGGAGUUCAGGAUUGGUGUGGCAUACGAGGACACGCCCAGGAAUUCCUACUUGGGGGGCAACAACACGUCCUGGUGCAUGAGGCACACCCUUACCCCCUCCAGGCACAAGUACGAGUUCCUGCACAGCGGCUGGAGUCCAGACAUCCGGAUCACAGUGAACCCUGUGAGGAUCGGGCUUCUGCUGGACUACGGCCAGGGGACCCUGUCCUUCUUCAACGUGGACCUGGAGCAGCACCUUCAUACCUUCUGCUGUCAGUUCCAGCGCUACGUCCACCCCUGCUUCUCCCUGGACAACCCCGGGGUGCUCACGCUCCACAACGGCAUGGCAGCCCCUCGCUACACCCAACUGAUUUGACGUCAGUUUAGUAACAUGUUCAACCUGGGGGUCAGAUGGCUGACCGGUUAACAUUUACAUUUAGCAGACGCUCUUAUCCAGAGCGACUUACAGGAAGUACAGGGACAUUCCCCCCGAGGCAAGUAGGGUGAAGUGCCUUGCCCAAGGACACGUCAUUUUGCACGGACGGGAAUCGAACUGGCAACCUUCUGAUUACUAGCCCGCUUCCCUAACCGCUCAGCCACCUGACUCCUGGUUAAGGAGUCGGGCUAGUAAUCAGAAUGUUGCCGGGUCGAUUCCUGGCCAUGCCCUUCACCCUACUUGCCUUGGGGGGAAUGUCCCUGUAGUUACUGUAAGUCGCUCUGGAUAAGAGCGUCGGCUAAAUGACUAAAUGUAACCUGGCAUCUCCAGCUGCAGGGAUACUAAAUUAAAUCAGGCACACGUCUUUUUUUUUUCAAAUUGUUUAUUACAGUAUUCCAUGGGAACAGGUUUACACCAUUUUCCAAGAUAAGAAAAGUUCCACUGAAAGUUACAAUAUAUAUCAGUAAUUGGUGCAAAGCAAGUAACGAGAAUCUGAAGGCAAGCCAAUUCAUAAACAGCAUAUGGUUUUAAAAUAAAUGAAAUUAAACUACCUUGAAUGAACGAUC